UUUCACGUAGCAGAUUACUAAUGAUAGUCCUCUCAUAGUACAUCGACUAGAGAAAAGCAUGUUUAUAUUUAGAGAAAAUUCUGAUGUUAAAACUGCGAAAGGAAACCCCAGUAUGGAUGAUCUUCGCCCUUACCUUCCAUCGGAGUGGAGUAAUGAAGAGAGAAUACGCACAUUGAUGGGACCCAUGCCCACUGCGCAAGAUGAGGUGGCUAGAACUGCACGAUUAACAUUUUGGACAGCUGCUAUUCACCAUUGGUGUUAUGUUACAAAAAAAUUGACUUUCACCUUUCAGGAAAGUCUGUCUGCCUUUAGGCGAGGUACACAACAGCCUUUGUGUCUAUCAGAUGUAUUGCUGCACAUGAACAGGUUAGGUGAAGUUGUGCCUCUGGAUGAAUUGCCUCUGGGUGAGCAAGGUGAAGAAUCUUGGUUGGCUGGGGAAGAAGAGUAUUCAUAUCAGCUCCAUCACGAUUUGCAUGGAAUAAAAGUUAAACAAGCAUUAGGAGCCAAUAAUAUAAACUCAAAGGUUUUUGUUGACACAAAAUUAUUACAGCAAAGUAGGAGACUGUGUUGGUCUGCAGACAACCUGCACCUUGUAGUUGAAGCACUUGUUCAUAAUGGUAGAGCAGCCACUACAGUUCAUAAAGAUAUGACCUAUGUCAAGCUUGCAGUUUUUAAUAACCAAAUGGUUCCAGUAACAGAUCAUCAGAUCAGACUAUCAAGCCUGUUGCUCCUGAUCCAGAAUAGUAUUACAGCUGAAAAUGAGCUGCAUGUUGCACAGAAAGGUGUUGCAACAAUAUUUCCCAACUAG